UAAUAAACAAAAUAUAAACAAAUUCAUAGCAGAGGAGAGGAGGAGAAUAAGCUAAAUCUGGGUGGUCGUCUUCUCCAAAACCCUAAAAAAUCUUUGAUAAUUUGCUUAUUUCAGGUUAUCUUCGCUCUGCUGAGUCUUUAUGCUUGGCUGUUUUGAUUUUGAGAACUACAAAAAAACCUCCAAUUUUGGUCUUUUUAUUUGUGUAAUUGAACAGUUGAAGAUCUCUGAUUCCCUUCCCACUUCCCAGUCGACGCCUCUCUCCCCCACUUCACUGCCGGCAGCCCAGUCAGAGACAACCCUUCCCUCUCCCCAGUCGGCGUCGGCGACAUCUCCUUUUCUCUCCCCAUUCGACGACAACUCUUCCCUCUCCCCAGUCAGCGACAUCUCCUUUUCUCUCCCCAUUCGGCGACAACUCCUCUCCCUAUCUCCCCAGUUGGCGUUUCUUUCUUUCGUUGAAUCGGUUAUUCUAGUAAUCAUCGGUUGAUUUUUUAUAAUCAAGAUUUGACCGGAACUCUCUUCAGGGUAUUUCUGGGAUUUCAAUUCCGAAGAAUUCAAAUAAGCUAUAUCAUGGAUUUCCAGGAGGUUUUCCUUUUUUUCCACAGUAUUGAAGAUCAUUAAUGUGAGACAUUACUUUGGUAUUUCAAGUAACAGCUUUUAGUGAAAAGGUGCCAUGGAAAUAUCAUUGUUGAAAGAACUUCUCAAUAACAUCUCCUCUUUUUUAUGUUUAUCAUCGAUUGACAACGUAAGCUUGGACCUGGUUCAGAAGUAUUGGCAGAAGGCAGAAGAGAUAUUGAAGCUGUUGAAGCCAAUACUUGAUGCCAUUGUUGAUUCUGAAAUAGCUUCUGAUGAAGUGCUUAACAAGGCAUUUCAUGAAUUGAGCCAAUCUAUUGAUGAAUUGAGGGAUCUCUUCGAGAACUGGCAACCGUUGUCAAGUAAAGUUUAUUUUGUUCUGCAAAUUGAAUCAUUAAUAUCAAAGAUUCGGACGUUGGGUUUGGACACUUUUCAGCAGUUGAAGUCUUCCCAUGAAAAUCUCCCAGAUGAAUUAAGUUCAUCAUCUCUUGAGUACUGCACACAGAAAAUUAAGCAAAUGGGAUAUGAACAGAUAUCAUCAGUCGUUAGGGAAGCCAUAAGGGAUCAGGUGGAGAAUCUUGGACCCAGCUCAGAGAUCCUGGUGAAAAUUGCAGAGAGCUUAAGCUUGAGGUCCAAUCAGGAGAUUCUGAUUGAAGCAGUGGCCCUUGAGAAGUUGAAGGAGAAUGCUGAACAAGCUGAAAACACCAGGGAAGCCGAGUUAUUUGAUCAAAUGAUCUUUCUUGUGACUCGCAUGCAUGAUCGUCUUGUUCUGAUAAAACAGUCUCAGACCAGUAGCCCAGUCCCAAUACCUGCUGAUUUUUGCUGUCCUCUCUCUCUUGAGUUGAUGACUGAUCCGGUAAUUGUGGCAUCAGGGCAAACAUAUGAGCGGGCAUUCAUUAAGAACUGGAUUGAACUUGGGCUCACUGUUUGUCCUAAGACGCGGCAGACUCUGGCUCACACCAAUCUGAUACCUAAUUACACUGUAAAGGCUCUCAUUGCAAAUUGGUGCGAGUCUAACAAUGUGAAGCUGCCUGAUCCUGUGAAGUUGGUGAGCUUCAAUCAGGCCUCACCACUUCUUUUACAUGCCGAUUCCAGUGGCAUGCCCAAGGAUUCACAUGUUUUACCUCAAUCCAGGGGCAACCAACCUAUGUCACCUGAGUCAACUCGAUCUGCUGGUUCUCCUGGGAGGAAUCGGAUUUCUUCUGGUGGGAUCCAUCGAGAGGGAACUUCACCACUUCAUCCACGUUCUAUCUCUGAGGGUUCCUUAUCAGGUGUAGUAGGAAAUGAACAGGGUUUGGACGUGAUGAGAAUAUCACUACCGAGUUCUGAGGAAAGGUCUGCUAACUUGGAAGAAAGAAGCAUGGAUUCAGUUGUCCAUGCUGUAUCACCAUCUAGGAACGAAGUUCCAAAUGCAGUUAGAACUGAUCAACCAAUAACCCAGAGCCACAGUAGAAAUGCUUCAGCCUCCAGUGCAAUUGCUAAUGCAAAUUUUUCUCAAGGAGCAAAUGGAGAUGCUGAUGAGUCUUCAGAAAUGUCUAACCAUAUUGCUUCCUAUAGCAGUGACACUUCAGGGGAAGUCAAAGCGGAGCCGCAGGCUUCUACUACAUUGAGCAUCCCUCACAGAGAACCUGAGUUCCCACACCGUUUGGUCGAGACACGGUCUCGAAGCCAAACAAUCUGGCGGCGGCCUGCAGAUAGGCUUGUUCCUAGGAUAGUUUCUUCCCCUGCGAUUGAAACAAGAGCUGACCUUUCUGGUGUUGAAACAAAAGUUCGGAAGCUGAUUGAGGACUUGAAGAGUGAUUCUGUUGAAAUUCAAAGAGAUGCAACAGCUGAACUCAGGCUACUUGCCAAACACAAUAUGGACAAUAGGAUUGUUAUAGCAAGUUGUGGGGCCAUCAACUUGUUAGUUAGCUUGCUUCGAUCAACUGACACAAACAUCCAGGAAAAUGCUGUCACAGCACUCCUUAACCUGUCAAUUAAUGAUAACAACAAAACAGCAAUUGCUAAUGCAGAUGCUAUUGAACCUCUGAUUCAUGUUCUAGAAACAGGAAGUCCAGAGGCCAAGGAGAAUUCAGCUGCCACCCUCUUUAGCCUCUCAGUGAUUGAGGAUAACAAGGUCAGAAUAGGACGAUCUGGGGCUAUUGGUCCUCUGGUUGAUUUAUUGGGGAAUGGAACUCCCAGGGGAAAGAAGGAUGCAGCUACAGCUUUAUUUAAUUUGUCAAUAUUUCAUGAAAACAAAGCCCGCAUUGUGCAAGCUGGUGCUGUUAAGCACCUUGUAGAGUUGAUGGACCCGGCAGCUGGGAUGGUUGACAAGGCAGUUGCUGUCUUGGCUAAUCUUGCAACUAUUCCUGAGGGAAGGACUGCAAUUGGUCAAGAGGGUGGGAUCCCUGUUCUUGUUGAGGUUGUUGAGUUGGGCUCUGCAAGAGGGAAGGAAAAUGCAGCAGCUGCUCUUUUGCAGCUUUCCACAAAUAGUAGUAGAUUUUGUAACAUGGUGCUUCAAGAAGGUGCUGUACCGCCAUUAGUGGCUUUAUCACAAUCUGGCACCCCAAGGGCUAAAGAAAAGGCUCAGGCAUUACUUCAGUACUUCAGAAACCAACGACAUGGUAAUGCUAGGGGCUGAUUUGUUUUCAGACCAAGCAGUCGGCACCAUCUGAGGUUUUGAUUCGAGCUCUAUGCAUAGUGUGUACAUUUGAUGUUGCAAAUAAUGCAUAUUGAGAUUUUUCUGUUUGGAUUUUAGUUUACAUGAUUUGUAGAGGAAAAAUUAUUUAUAACAAACAUGAUUGCUUCCUCUUGUGAAAAGUCUUUUGUACAAAUGAAUGUGGGAGGAACUGUGUCUAGUUUUUUCAGAGGGCUUGACAAUGGUGAGAAUGGGAGUGUUGCUGUGCCUUACUUAUGUCUAUCAGUCCCUUUUUUGAAAAAAAAUUAUACAUUCAGACUAUUUAUUUUUAAUGCUGCCUGCAAAUAUAGGCAGUUGGUGUAAAAUUUCAGUCCAGUUUUUCAGAACUCGUAGUGGACGGCUUUCAGUGCAGCCAGUUUGUUUGUGGUAUACCAUUUUUCUCUA